GACCUCUGUCAGAAGGUUUUUUUUUAUAAAAAUAGACAACGGAAAAAACCCAUCGCACGCGGUCAAAAAUACCUUAUUUUGUAUAGAUGUCUAAGCAUAAACCAGCGGUGUCAGGCUCCCAGAGUUUACCGUUGACGCUUUUAACAUUGCCUGAUAGUAGUGACACUACUGUUACUCUUUGUGAAUCAGAGACAGAGGGCUUAAUUUUCACACCGUCAUUGACUGUGUCUGAGGCUGUGUCUGAGAGCUUGCAACUCACACCACUGACUCCAGUAAAUGUUACACCAUUUACAGAUUUUCAGCCAUCAUUGAAUCACUCUGAGUCUGUACACUCACUUGAACUUGAUACUGCUGACAGUGAUACAAGUACCCAGUCACCAAGUCCUCACCCUGAAUUGGAGCGGUGUUUUUCUCCAGAUCUCUUUUCUGACGAGGAACAUAAGGAGCAUUCCACUGACACAGACAGUGAUUCAUCCACAUUACCAUCCAGUCCCACAUUUACCCUUAAGAGAAGUUUGUGGAGAAAUAAAGUGCCUUACUUCCCUGAUUGGUUCAAUAUUGUACACGAUGAAGAUGAUGCUGUUUACACCUAUCACCAACUGCAGAAUGAUGUUGAACAAGCAGACCUUGUGAUUCUUGUAUAAAUUAUUGAAAUAAAAAGGUAAUUUUAUUUUUUUUCUUAUUUGUAUAUUAUUUUGAUAGUUGUUAGCAUUAAUGGUAUGUUAAAAAUGCUACAAAGCUAUAAAUUCAUCUUUUUCCGCUCAUACAAAUGACACUUUUCAUUUCGUCAGAAAGGGACAGAAUUAUAAGAAAUUGAAAGGUUCAUAACUUUUUUAUAAUUCGUCAGAUUCUAAUGAAAUAUGUACCAUUGUGCUUCU